UUGGUAAACACUUAUAAGAAAAAUUCGAACUUUAAUUCUGAACUCGCUUAAAAAUGCGCUACAAAUUUGUACAAAUUUUAUUACCCAGCCCUGAACCAUUAACCAGAUGGUAAAUUUUAACAUACCUCGCACGGUCACACUGUUCCAAGCAAACCAAAAGCCGGCAAAAUUGUGCAAAAGUUGGCAAAACACCAAAACGUUUAAGGAAAUGUAACUAAUUAUGCGUGGCGUUCGCAAGUGUGUUCACUGUGGUGCUGUGAAUGGAAAUCGCGCACAGUUUUGCCGGAAUUCCUACUGUCCGCAGCGCAGGAAUGUCCUUGACGCCGUCCAGUUGGUUUCCUUGAGACCCGGAUCCACUGUUUACUCCUUGCGGGCCAAGGAAAAGGAGCAACAGCCGCGGAACUUCGUGGUCAUACAGGAUGUCACCCUGUCCUUGCAACCGGAUGCUGCAGUGGUGUCCAGCAAGGCCGAGUGCUACGUGGAGUCCUGCCAGAAAUCUGGAGGCGAUUCCUUGGAUUGCGUCCAUGUUAAAGCUUGUAGAGAACUGGGCACCGAGUUUCCCAAGGCCCAGGUUUACCGAGUGUCCCGGGAAGUUCUGUGGAACCUUAAUAUAAACCAGGAGCAGAAGCAGCAUCUCUGGCAUCUUUAUAAAUAUGCAGAAGAAAAGGAGUAUCUUCCUGGAGUGCAGCGAUUGAACCCAACCACAUUUGCAGUGAAAUGCGAUAGGUCAGAAUCCUUUCCAGCUGCUCGUCUACAUGUCACCGUUUUGGCCAAUGUUUUGUCUAAAAAGAAGGGCAGCUACGCCUGCGCCUGCAGGAAGCUAAAGAUCAUAGUGGAACCGGAUAACUCUUUAGUGAUGCAGGACGAGAUCUGCGACCAUCUGCUGCUUGUUUUGGCGGCAAUCCUUAGUUCCCCGCAGGGAAAACGGGUUUACGGCAACUUCACCAGUGGCUUGCAGAACUUUUGGAUGCCCUCGCAGCUGGAGACUCCAUUGGGAGAAAUAGAAACAGAGGAUUUGCGGCUCAGUUUAAGCAUGGUGGAUGAUUUCGACCCCCAGGUGGACAUACUUGUUUUCGGGGAUCAGCUCGAUCUCCAUUUACCGGAUCUCUCCGAUGGCGUUUUUAAUCUGGACAACAUGCAGGCAGCCACCUCUAGUCACAACACCUCAAAUACCAACGAUGCCUUCGUCCAUUAUGCCAACGAUUCGCAGCUCUUGUCCAAUUGUGAUGUUUUCGCAGAGCCAAUCGAGCUAACCGACUGCAAUAUCGAACUGAUGGAUCAGUUUCAGCCCACGGAUCAGAUAGAUAUUUGCAGCGAGGACAUAGAACUUCCGCUGAUCAGUGAGCAUUAUAAUAUUCUGGCUGCUCCACCCAUUUUUACGGAGGCCACUCCUUCAGUAGAUACCGAUCAGCUGCCAAUUGAACUGGCCACAAUAUCAGUGGUUAAAAAGGCACCUGUCAAGGUCUCUGAAAUUGUAAGAGAAGUGAAAACCCGAAAGCAGCCUCCCUUACCAGCCAAAAGGGAUUUGAUAGUAAAUAAUUCAGAUAAAGUUACUCCAGUUGUGAACACUCUUUGCUUGGAUGCUUCAGUUCAGCCGGCGUUGUCCUACUCAGCAUGGCUGGAUCAUGUGAUAGAGCUUCUAAACGAAAGAUUCGAGCCAUUAGAAACUCCAAACGCGGGACUAACAAAACGUUUGGUCCAACAAAACUUCCAUGUGCACAAGGACAGCUUUUCGCACUUCUGUAAGAGUUUCAGUGCGGGAUAUAAACGACGACCCUUAGAUAAAUCCACUGUGAUAGAAUCGGGCAAAUAUAAAGGGCUCAACCAGUACACCUGGCAUUUUACUUCUUCUCACACAGUAAAACGCAUCUUCAGUACCCCAAAUAUUGAACUGCACUUGGAACGUGCCUUCGAGAGACACGCGGAAGGUAAUUUUGUGCCUUAUGUGCGUCCAGCUACUGAGCCAAAUGUUCCGGGUAAAAAGCGUAUAGUUUACACCAGACUCAAGCUUUAUAUGGUUAAGAUCAUCUUCGAAAUGUCUCCAAAGGAUCAGUCCGGCAACGGACUUCUGUUGACCUGGACCCCGGAUGUGCUACCCCGCAGCCAAUUCGGGCUUAUGAACGUGGAGUUCACUGUGGAGACACGAUCGCCCAUCUAGGAUGAAGCAUUUGUUACCAUUGCCGGUGUCAGUAUGAGAAUUUACAAGCCCUUCUAGCGUAUAAGUAAUCUUAAUCUAUGUCCGGUUAGUGCCUAAGAAACAUAAUCUCACAAAAAUUGGUCAUUAGUUGGUUAAUACGUAGAGCCGCCUAUUUGGUAUCAGCUGACAAAUGAUUGGAUUGAAAUGCUCUUGCUUUGAUAAGAUCAAGAUUGAAGGGUGCUCCCAACCCAAUCAAACCGAUCUACCAUCUAUAUCCUCAAGUAGUCUGACUACAUUCGAUUGGGUGGACACGGGAUAAAUCUAAGAGGAAACUGAAGGACCUUUGACAUUCGUUCAUUUACAUAAUCAGUAUACAUGCUUAUUUAAGUUAAAGUGUACAAAAAACCAGUCUUUAAAACAUGUUUGUUUAUCGUUUAUGUUUUUCCCAUUUAUAUUUUACACAUAUAAUGUAAAAAUAUUCACUAAAUUAUUUGCGCUCUACUUGCUGUGUGUGCGGGGCAGAUAUAUUUGACUAAAUCUGGACAAUUCCAAACCAUACAUCUCCCUAGCUAACUCACACACAGGCAUAGCUAUGGCAAUUCAGAGUGCUAACUUUAAUUUUAAAUCUUAUCCACAUCCGCGGCUAACUUUAAGAACUGUACAGAUUAAUAUUACGCCGAUAUUAGGGGUCUAUCAAAUAUGGUAACACCCUGUGAAUGGAUAAGAAAAAAACAAAA